AUCUAUGUAAAAAGUUGAUAAAUUGAGGGAAAUGGUUGAGACCUCCCUCCAGCUCCAACCGGGUGAUCAUAUCUUUGCUAUAAGAAGAUUUAAGGGUUACUCCCACCAUGGAAUAUAUGUGGGAGAGCUACAUGGAAUCAAAUAUGUGAUUCAUUUCACCACCUCUACAGGAAUUAAAAGCUCUAAAAAUCCAGCUUGCCAAGUAUGUGGCUAUGACACAAAUAUACACUAUGGAGUGGUAAAAACCUGCCUUGAUUGCUUCCUUUCAGGUGACUCAUUGCAGGUGAAGGAUUAUAAUGGAAAUUCAAAACCAUCUUAUGAAGUUGUGCAAACUGCCUACAGGUUACUGCAAGAUGGGUUUGGCGAAUAUGAGCUUAUUAUGAAAAAUUGUGAGCAUUUUGCCACUUUUUGUAAAACAGGAAAGACACAAAGUGCACAGGUUGACAAAGCUAUAGAUAUAGCUUUUGAACGCUUGGUUCUGCCUGCGGCACCAAUAGUUGAAUCUGUAUUUGUGCUAUCAAAAUUGCUAAGAUCCCAAUUUGGGAUAAAAACCCUAAUUAGGCGUUGAAAUUUAUGUAUACACAAAAAUGAAUGCGAGUUGCUCUUGUUGAUGUUAUAUAAUUGCACACGUCAUCUUUGUGAUUCUUUUGGGCCGGACUGUAUUCAAAUCAACAAACCUAAUUAAAAUUGGGCUAUUAUUAGGGCCUUGAUAGGAGGGUGUUUUAGUAAUUAUAAACUGUGUCCCUUUUCACUAUAAAACUAGCUCGGAAAGCCAAACCCUAUUAUCUCGACAGCAGCUGCGUCGCUUCGGAAAAUAAGGUCUGCUAUUCUGUUUCAUCUGCAAUGACUUUUCUUUUAUUAUUCCUAUCUUUUAAUUUAUGUAAAGAAAGAGAAGAUGCAAUGACGAUUAGAUUAUAAUCUCGUUAAUCUGAUAAUCAGUAUGAGGACAAAUCCUCUAUUCCAUUCUUAAACAGUCUGAGCAUUCUUCUCUUACUCCUUUUUCGAUUUUCAGCGUUUCUCUUUAUUCUGUUUUUUGAAAAGUUUUGGUGAAUUAGUUUGAAUUUGAAAUUUCUGUUAGAAAUGAGAUUUUUCCUGCGGAUUUUCCAGUC